AUGGCCGAUUUGUCGGAAAAGACUGCUGCUGCGACAAGCAGCAGCAACCCUUCGCGACCAUCAUCCUCAAGCCGUAGUGGCUCAACCGAGCAAGAUGCAGUUCGCCAAGACAAACCAAACUCGAGCGACCCCGAAAAUGAAAAGCUGGACCUAAAGAAAGCAGAUUCAGCAAUUGUCGUUCCUCCCAAAGCCGAUUCCAUCCAAGAUCAGUACAAGCACUUGCCUUCAGAUGAAGCCGAGGUUUUGCGACGCCAAGUCGUUAGUCCAGAAGUCAAGCAAGGCGUCGCUGUUUUGUACCGAUACGCCUCGCGCAACGACAUCAUCAUCAUUGUAAUCUCCAGUAUCUGCGCUAUUGCUGGUGGCGCUGCGCUACCUCUCAUGACCGUUGUCUUUGGUAAUCUCCAGGGCGUCUUCCAGGACUAUUUUGUGAACCGAAGUCUGAGCUCUGGUGCUUUCAAUGACAAACUGGUCCAGUUCGUCUUGUACUUUGUGUACCUCGGUAUCGGCGAGUUUAUUGUAGUGUACAUCUCGACCUGUGGUUUCAUUUACACUGGAGAGCACAUCUCUGCCAAGAUCCGCGAACACUACCUCGAAAGCUGUUUGCGCCAGAACAUUGGUUUCUUCGAUAAGCUCGGCGCUGGAGAAGUUACUACUCGAAUCACAUCCGAUACCAAUCUCAUCCAGGAUGGUAUCUCUGAAAAGGUCUCCCUCACUCUUGCUGCCGUUGCGACAUUCGUCUCCGCCUUUGUCAUUGGUUUCAUCAAGUACUGGAAGUUGACUCUGAUUCUCUUCUCAACUGUCAUUGCUCUCCUCCUCAACAUGGGCGGUGGAUCUACUUUCAUCCUCAAGUACAACAAGCAGAGCUUGGAAGCUUACGCCCACGGUGGUAGUCUUGCGGAUGAGGUCAUCAGCUCUAUUCGCAACGCCGUCGCUUUUGGAACCCAGGAGCGUCUGGCUCGCCAGUAUGACGCCCAUCUUAAGAAUGCCGAGUAUUUUGGGUUCCGUGUCAAGUCAGCUAUUGCCUGCAUGAUCGCUGGAAUGAUGCUGGUCCUGUACCUUAACUAUGGUCUAGCUUUCUGGCAGGGCAGCAAGAUGCUUGUCGAAGGCGAAACCAGCCUCUCCAACAUCCUGACAAUUUUGAUGGCCACAAUGAUCGGUGCAUUCAACCUUGGUAACGUUGCCCCCAAUGUUCAGGCGUUCACAAACGCUGUUGCGGCUGCUGCCAAGAUCUUCAACACCAUCGACCGAGUAUCACCGCUCGACUCGUCCAGCGACGCAGGCGAGAAGCUUCAGCAAAUUGAGGGCUCUAUCCGACUUUCCAACAUCAAGCACAUCUACCCUUCUCGACCCGAAGUCACUGUCAUGCAGGACGUAAGUCUCGAUAUCCCUGCCGGCAAGGUUACUGCUCUGGUGGGCGCAUCCGGCUCCGGCAAGAGUACCAUUGUUGGGUUAGUUGAACGUUUCUACGACCCUGUUCAGGGUAAUGUUUACUUGGACGGACACGAUAUUUCCAAGCUUAACCUCCGUUGGUUGCGUCAGCAAAUGGCUCUCGUCAGCCAGGAACCCACGCUCUUUGGUACCACCAUCUUCAACAACAUUCGUCACGGUUUGAUUGGCACUGCCCAUGAGGACGCAAGUGAGGAAAAGCAACGCGAACUGGUUAUCGAAGCAGCCAAGAAGGCCAACGCCCACGACUUUGUGUCUGCCCUACCUGAAGGAUAUGAGACAAAUGUCGGAGAGCGAGGUUUCCUCCUUUCUGGUGGUCAAAAACAGCGAAUUGCUAUUGCCCGUGCCGUUGUCUCUGACCCUAAGAUUCUGCUCCUUGACGAAGCUACAUCCGCUCUGGACACCAAAUCCGAGGGCGUGGUUCAAGCUGCUCUAGAAAACGCUGCUGAAGGCCGUACUACUAUCACCAUCGCUCAUCGUCUGUCAACUAUCAGAGAUGCUCACAACAUCGUCGUCAUGUCUGAGGGCCGCAUCGUGGAGCAGGGUACUCACAAUGAACUUCUUGAGAAGAAGACCGCUUACUACAAGCUCGUCUCGGCUCAGAACAUUGCUGCUGCAGAAGAAAUGACCGCCGAGGAGCAAGCUGCCAUCGACGAGGAAGAAGUUGAGCUUAUGCGCAAGAUGACCAGUGAGAAAGCGACAGCCACACUCGCCGACCCUAACGACGAUAUCGCCGCCAAGUUGAACCGCUCUACCACCUCGAAAUCUGCUUCUAGUCUCGCCCUCCAAGGUCACAAGGCCGAGGACGAACGGGAAUACGGAAUGUGGACUCUGAUCAAGCUUGUCGCUUCUUUCAACACAACAGAGUGGAAGCUCAUGGUCGUCGGUCUCGUCUUCUCUGCUGUUUGCGGUGGAGGUAACCCUACUCAAGCUGUCUUCUUUGCCAAACAGAUCGUCACUUUGUCUCAGCCUAUCACCGACACCAACCGCCACUCGGUCAAGAAAGACUCCGACUUUUGGAGUGCCAUGUAUCUUAUGCUUGCUAUUGUUCAGUUCUUGGCGUUUGUCAUCCAGGGUGUCUUGUUCGCUCGAUGCUCUGAGCGAUUGGUGCAUCGAGUUCGAGACCGCGCCUUCAGGACUAUGCUUCGCCAAGAUGUGGCCUUCUUUGACCGUGAUGAGAACACCUCCGGUGCCCUCACUUCAUUCCUUUCAACUGAAACAACUCACGUUGCUGGUCUGAGUGGUGUGACCCUCGGAACGCUGUUGAUGGUUAUCACCACGCUUGUUUCUGCCAUGGUUGUCUCUUUGGCCAUCGGCUGGAAGCUCUCGCUUGUGUGUAUCUCAACUAUUCCCGUCCUUUUGGGAUGUGGUUUCUUCCGUUUCUACAUGCUUGCACACUUCCAGCGUCGUUCCAAGGCCGCCUACGACUCAUCGGCCAGUUUCGCUUCCGAGGCCAUUUCCGCCAUCCGAACCGUGGCAGCCCUGACACGAGAGGAAGAUGUCCUGAACCAAUACAAGAACUCGCUUGCUAUCCAGCAAAGAAAGAGUCUGAUCUCUGUCCUCAAGUCGUCCCUGCUUUACGCUGCUUCCCAGUCUCUGCUAUUUGCUUGCUUCGCGCUGGGUUUCUGGUAUGGCGGUACCCUUAUCGGAAAGCUUGAAUACACCAUGUUCCAGUUCUUCCUCUGCUUCAUGUCGAUCAUUUUCGGCGCUCAAUCUGCCGGCACCAUCUUCAGUUUCGCCCCUGAUAUGGGCAAAGCUCACCACUCAGCCGGAGAACUCAAGAAGCUGUUCGACAGACAACCCAUUGUCGAUACUUGGUCAGACAAGGGCGAGCGCCUACCUGAAGUUCAGGGCACUCUUGAGUUCCGCGAUGUUCACUUCCGUUACCCAACAAGACCAGAACAGCCUGUCCUGCGUGGGCUUAACUUGACAGUGCGUCCUGGACAGUACAUCGCCCUUGUUGGAGCCUCAGGUUGUGGAAAGAGUACCACAAUUGCACUUUUGGAGCGAUUCUACGACCCCCUCUCUGGUGGUGUCUAUAUUGACAACCACGAGAUCAGCACCCUCAACAUCAACGACUACCGAUCACACAUUGCGCUCGUCAGUCAGGAACCUACAUUGUACCAAGGAACCAUCAAGGAAAACAUUCUUCUGGGUACUCCCCGCGAGGAUGUCACAGACGCAGAUCUGGAAUUUGCAUGCCGUGAAGCCAACAUUUUCGACUUCAUUGUGUCGCUUCCCGAGGGUUUCAACACCAUAGUUGGUAGCAAGGGUGCGCUGUUGUCUGGUGGUCAGAAGCAACGAAUCGCCAUUGCACGCGCUUUGAUCCGCGAUCCCAAGAUCCUUCUCCUUGACGAGGCGACAUCAGCCCUGGAUUCUGAGUCUGAGCAUGUUGUACAAGCAGCGUUGGACAAGGCGGCUAAGGGCCGAACCACCAUUGCUGUGGCGCAUCGUCUCAGUACCAUCCAGAAGGCUGAUAUCAUCUACGUGUUCGACCAGGGUCGCAUCGUGGAGCAAGGAACACACACGGAGUUGAUGAAGAAGAACGGUCGUUAUGCAGAGUUGGUCAACCUGCAGAGUCUUGAGAAGCAGAGGUAG